AUAAUCCAACAACGCAUAGUUACACUUGCUCUCUCUCUCUUCACCCGCGGAACCAAAAUCAAUGGAACUCUAGAGAGAGAAACUAGAGAGAGAGUGAGAGAGACAGAGAGUGUGUGAGGGUUGGUUCAGUUCCUAACUAGUUUGCUAGCUUCCACAGCAGCCUCUGCUGCCUUGACUGCCUAGAGGGACCUUCGUUCCCCACACAUGUGCCCAGAGCCAGACUGCUGUGCCUAUAGUAAGCAUAAAUCAAAUGCCAUCCCUAAAAAUGAAGAGCAAAGUAAGUGUGAGCUGUUUAACAGAAAGAACAGAUCUUCUUCAUGUGUGUCCAAAAUCAAAGAUAAUUUCCAAAAAUCCAUGCUCUAAGAUAAUGAUUUCUGCUCAAACGGUAGAAAUAGACACUACUAUCCAGAAUUUCCUUGAUGUUUCCUCAAAGCCGCCCAAAGACAUUGCAAGUGAUCAAUCCAUUGACAAAAAAGAAUUUCUGGAUAACGAAAAUUCUGUCCUGGAAAGAAUGGAACUGAACAACCCCUGUACAACAAACUUUGAGACAAUUUUUUCUCCUGCUUUUGAGCCCAUUGAAGUCAAUUCCCAACAUUAUACUGAAAAAGAUGCAGGGAGCAUUUGUGAUACUAACAUGGCAGGAUUAGGAGCUGAUGAGGGAAGAAAUAUUUGUGGCUAUGAAACAUGUGAUGUUUCAGACUUCUACAUUUCUGACAUGAUCAUCUCAAGCUUACCCAUUGGUGGAAAUGCCUUUGACGAUGAUGAUGUCGGUGAAACCAAUUGCCUCUCUGACUAUGGAUCAGAUGAGCCAUCCGUGUUUCCUGCUUCUGAGCAGUACACGGUCCUGCCUGCUCUUGAAGAUGAUGUUAAAGUUGGCGGUAUUUCUCAAAUCAUAUCAUAUGAAGAAGCCAUGAUGGUUCAAGAAAGUGCUAGCUUAUAUUCAGCCAUGACUCAGAUUAGAUCAAGCAACCUGGAAUCUGAUGCUAAAAAUGACAUGGAUAAGGCGGAGUCCUUUGAUCCGCAAUCAUUUAUCAAGAAUUUACCAGAACUAUCUGAAGCAGAUUUAAGUGGCCAGCCCACAUUAAUCCCUAAGCAAUCUCCAAAAAGGAAGUCAAUAACCCUAGUGCUUGAUUUAGAUGAGACACUUGUUCAUUCUACAUUGGAACCUUGUGAUGAUGCGGAUUUCACUUUUACCGUCUUCUUCCAUAUGAAAGAGUAUACAGUAUAUGUAAAACAGAGGCCUUACCUCCACACAUUCUUGGAGAAAGUAUCAGAGAUGUUUGAAGUAGUUAUUUUUACUGCCAGCCAAAGUUUAUAUGCGAAACCGCUACUUGAUAUACUGGAUCCUGAUGGAAGGUUUAUUUCUCGCCGUGUGUAUCGGGAAUCAUGCCUUUUUUCAGAUGGAAAUUACACCAAAGAUCUUACUAUAUUAGGUGUUGAUCUGGAAAAAGUUGCAAUAAUCGAUAAUUCACCUCAGGUUUUCCGUUUGCAAGUGAAUAAUGGUAUUCCCAUAAAGAGUUGGUUUGAUGAUCCAUUAGAUUCUGCACUGAUGUCAUUACUUCCCUUUCUAGAGACCUUGGCUGAUGCUGAUGAUGUCCGUCCUAUCAUUGCAAAGAGAUAUGGUAACAAAGAAUAAGGUUUCUUGUUACACCAAAUUUAGCUGCUCUUCUACUUUCUCUAGGUUUAAGAAAAUUUGGCCUCUAAUUAGAUGCUAAGGUCCCCUUUCCGUUUGAGCUUGAGAUGAAUUAACCUAUACAAUAAACUAUUGGUUGUCUUUUGGUUGAGUCCAAAAUUGGUUCCUAUUUCUUCUCAGUUGACAAAUCUGGAGUUCUCAGUUUCUCUUGAAAGGUAGUUUUAUCAAGUAUCUCUGUUUCUUUUCUCCCUCUAUUAGUCUUUGACUUGUAUAGUUGAAGUUCAUAUAUUCUAUGUGGGUGUACAUGAAGUUUAUCAUAUUAUGGAGGGCAAAUCAAUUGUAUGUGUACCAAUAGAAAUGGAGACUGUAUCGAGUUUUUACUUGGUCUUUGUUUA